CGAAGAGCAGUGUUCACCUCAAAUUUUUUGAUUUAAUCUCUCUUCUCUUCUCUUCUCUCACUCCUCUCAAUUCAUCUCCCUCGUUCACAUCGUUAUUGCAUCGGCUUCGUAGUCUCAUUAAUCUGUCUUACAUUCUCUGCCUCCCUUCAUGGCUUCCUGUAGCCUAGGAGUUCCUAAGAUUAAAAUCUCAGCAGUAGACCUCAGUAAGGUAGGAUCUGGAAGGUUUCAGAUACCAUGCAAUCAAAGAGUGUUGAUUGGUCAAAGGCCGGUUAAGUAUUUGAGUCUCAGGACAACUCUUGGGUGUCUGAAAGCUGUGCAAGUGUCUACUGUCACACCUGCUGAGACUGCAGAUACUGUAGAAGUAGAAGCUGCUGAGACGACCAAGCCAUCUCCGUUGAACGCUCAGCUCGUUCCCAAGCCCUCUGAGGUGGAAGCUCUUGUGACUGAAAUAUGUGAUUCCUCAUCAAUCGCAGAGUUUGAACUAAAACUGGGGGGUUUCCGCCUAUAUGUAGCAAGGAACGUAGCUGACAACAGUAGUCCACCACAACCUCAGGCAAUUCCUGCUGCCGUUGCUGCAAAUUCAACCACGGAGAGUGUUGAUUCGAAUGGAUCAGCUUCCUCUACUUCAUUGGCUAUUAUAAAACCAACAUCCUCAGCUGCUGAUCAGGGUUUGGUGAUUCUCCAGUCUCCAAAAGUAGGGUUCUUUAGGAGAUCCAAAACCAUAAAGGGUAAACGCACUCCUUCGUCCUGUAAAGAGAAAGACCAAGUGAAAGAAGGUCAAGUUCUGUGCUACAUUGAACAACUCGGUGGCCAGUUCCCAAUCGAGUCUGAUGUUAGCGGCGAGGUUGUCAAAAUACUGCGAGAGGAUGGAGAGCCUGUAGGAUACAAUGAUGCUCUCAUUUCAAUUCUUCCUUCCUUCCCUGGGAUCAAGAAGCUUCAGUAAAACCAGACUUGAGCUGGUUUUGAGUUGUGAAACUGGGCCUUGUUUGAUUCCAACCGUUUGGAGAAGAAGCUGCUUUCUGAAUCUCUGUAUAAAUGCCUCUGCACUCUCGUUGAUGUCACGUUCUUUCACAGCUCGCUUCCUCGCUGCCGGAGUAUUCUCCACCAUCACCGCUGUCUUUGGAUGUUCUCCGGCUUUCCUCAUCUCGUAGGUUGAUGAUAUGUAAGAUGAAGACAUUAGAUGAGAGUGAAACGUUUUUUGGUGGUGUUUCUACAACAAUAAUAUUGCUUGGUUAGUUUUUGUUUUACUCAAAUGGUAAGUCAUAUGAACAUAUAUAUAUAGAUGUGUGAAUGUAUAUUUUAUAUUAUGUUUUUAUGUAGAUGGCUCUAGAUACAAUGAACGUUUGAU